GUCCGUGAGUUCAUAACCCUUUGAUGUCCGCUCAACAAUGAAAGGUCGGAACGCCCUGAAGCAAACAUACCUACAAUGUACUCCAUCUGGAACCUUUCCACCUAGCCACCUGGAGAAUGUAAGCAAAUUUUACUCCAAAUGUAUCACACGCGAAGCGACAUGUUCGCUGUGCGUGGCGCGUUUGUUUUUCCAGCGCGCAAAGAUCGAAGUCUCUUGCGAUUUCGGCGCCGCACUGACCGGAGCAGCGCUUACCGAGAAUACCUUGACGCUCGCAAACGGCACGUUCUUCCUCGGCAAGUCUGCAUGUAGAUCCAAGAUCUUCGUUCGUCAUUGUUACAAUGAGACGUUUCAGCUGAUCCGGAAGAGUGCUGCUCAGCGUAACGACGGUACGACGCCGAAAAUUGUCAUCGUAGGCACGUCCGGAAUAGGGAAAUCUGUAUUCGGCUUUUUUCUUCUGUAUCAGUUGCGGCUUGAAGGUCGAACUGUCGUGUUCGAAAGAGAGACGGUACCAAGAGCCUUCUCUUUCGAACACGACAGUUCGACCUUCAAGCCGCAACUGAUACAGAAGAAAAAAGCCGAAUACAGAUUUCCCUAUUCCGGGCGUGCCUACGAUGACAAUUUUCGGCGUCGUACCGUCGUUACGCUGAGCAGCACUCUUCCGGAUCAGCUGAAACGUCUCAUUGUAACAAUGACGAACGAAGAUCUUGGAUCUACAUGCAGACUUGCCGAGGAAGAACGUGCCGUUUGCGAGCGUCAAGGUAUUCUCGAAAAAGGAGUGUUGGGUCACAUCGAGAAGAACCACAGUCCGCGGCCGAAGGCUACGUUUCACAAGGAUGGAUGAGAAGCCGGUCAUUAUCCUUGCGUUUGCUGUGCCAGACCAGAUAUGCCAUAGGUUGGUUGGGCAUCCCCGCUGACCAUGCUUCAAGUACCGCAAGAGACUUCGAUCUUUGCGCGCUGGAAAAACAAACGCGCCACGCACAGCGAACAUGUCGCUUCGCGUGUGAUACAUUUGGAGUAAAAUUUGCUUACAUUCUCCAGGUGGCUAGGUGGAAAGGUUCCAGAUGGAGUACAUUGUAGGUAUGUUUGCUUCAGGGCGUUCCGACCUUUCAUUGUUGAGCGGACAUCAAAGGGUUAUGAACUC